CUGUGCCCACCCCCCACUGCCAUGUGGGAACUUCGGUCUGCCUCCUUUUGGAGGGCCAUAUUUGCUGAGUUCUUUGCCACGCUGUUCUAUGUUUUCUUUGGGCUGGGAGCCUCACUGCGUUGGGCCCCGGGACCCCUUCAUGUCCUGCAGGUGGCUUUGGCCUUUGGCCUGGCCCUGGCUACGUUGGUGCAGACGGUGGGUCACAUCAGCGGAGCCCAUGUCAAUCCUGCAGUCACUUUUGCCUUCCUGGUGGGCUCCCAGAUGUCCUUGCUCCGCGCCUUCUGCUAUAUGGCAGCUCAGCUUCUGGGAGCUGUGGCUGGAGCAGCCGUGCUGUACAGUGUCACCCCGCCGGCUGUCCGAGGGAACCUAGCACUCAACACGCUGCAUGCUGGGGUCAGCGUGGGCCAGGCCACCACUGUGGAGAUCUUCCUGACUCUCCAGUUCGUGCUCUGCAUCUUUGCCACGUAUGACGAGAGGCGGAAUGGCCGCAUGGGCUCUGUGGCUUUGGCUGUUGGCUUCUCCCUCACCCUGGGGCACCUCUUUGGGAUGUAUUACACUGGUGCAGGGAUGAAUCCUGCCCGCUCGUUUGCUCCGGCCAUCCUCACCCGGAACUUCAGCAACCACUGGGUGUACUGGGUGGGCCCGAUCAUCGGAGGGGGCCUGGGCAGCCUCCUCUAUGACUUUCUACUCUUCCCCCGGCUCAAGAGUGUUUCUGAGAGACUGUCUAUCCUCAAGGGAGCCAGACCCAGUGACUCCAAUGGACAGCCCGAGGGCACAGGGGAACCUGUAGAACUGAAGACUCAGGCCCUGUGAAAAACCCAACUGGAGAGAGGAGUGGGAUGCUUCUGGGUUUCAAGGAGGGGCCAAGCCAGCCCUUGAAUGGAGAAAGAGACUGUGGGGAGGGGCAUGUACUUCUUUAUUUUUUAACUUAUGUGUGUUUUCCAUUUUUUUCUUUUGCUGUGUGAAAUCUUUCAAGUUGCAUUCACGAUCUGGUUGGUGCAAACUUCCCUUCCUCCCCACCCCAGCUCCCUUCGCCGUGUGUGUGUGACUGUUCAUAUGAAUGUGGAUGCAUGUGGCUGUGUCUGAGUUUGGGGACGCAAAAGCUAGGGAAGGAAAAAGAGGUGUCGACAUGUUAUGUCCCUCUCCAGCCCAGUUUGGUGGUCACAGAGAAUCCAAGACCUUAAG